UCUCUCUCUCUCUCUCUCUCUCUCUCUCUCUCUCGGAAAGAGCAUAUACAAAUAGUAACUUUAGAUAUUCGUUUUAUGCUUUAUAUUUUCCAACUUUGCUAAUUUAUUAAGCAAAGUAUUGUAUAUCAAAGUCUUCAAUCUUAAACAAAUGAACUAAGCAAAGGCAGAUCCCUGUACUGUUCGGAUCCUGUAUACAGCUAGUAACCUUCAAUAUUUGUUUAUGCUUUACAAUUUUCAACUUAGUUAAUUUAUCAAGCAAAGUAUUAUAUAUCAAAUUUUAACAGUAGCACAUAAGAAUUUCAUGUACAUGAAGGAGCAGCUAGCCUAGGUAUAAAAUGAAGCAAAAACCACCACACAGAGCAGGAUAAAGUAGGGAUGGAGGACUUAGAGAUAGAGCACGCAGAUAUGGCGUACUGGAUAACGGAAGAUGUUCUUAAAGAAGAGGGAGUGGGAGAGAGUGCAAGUAAAAUUGAAGAACUGAAACUUCCUUAUGAUCUAGCCAUGGAGAAUGACUGGGAAGGCAUGAAGAGAUACUAUGUGGACAAUCGGCAAAAUCUGAAUUGUCCAAUGACAGUGGACGAAGACACUGCAUUGCACAUUGUAGCUUCCUGCUGCAGGAGCAAAUCACAGGGCAAACAAGUCCUUGAAUUCUUGAUUAAUUUACUGCCACCUAGCCAUGAUGAAAGAUGCAAGGCCGUGAGGGUUCCAAAUAAACUCGGCAACAACGUUCUUCACGAGGUGGCAAUGUCCGGCAAUCUGGAGGCAGCAACUUUCUUAGUGAGCAACUUCAACAAACCCGCAGGAAAAACUAGAAACGAGGAGAAUUCUACACUGCCUCUGCUAGAUGUUCGGAACGAAUUAGGAGAAUCGCCAUUGUACAGGGCUGCUGCUCUUGGUCACCCUGACCUUGUCCAGUUUUUUGCUGACAAACUGGAGGAGAAUCCGGAGAAUCUUCGCAGGCACUUCCACCGAAAUGAUAGAAUGUCCAUUCUUCAUAUCGCAGUCAUUGGCCAACAAUUUAGUCUCUCUCUCUCUCUCUCUCUCUCUCUCUAUAUAUAUAUAUAUAUAUAUAUAUAUAUAUACAGUCCACAUUAAUUUAUACAACUGUUCUUUUGGCAUCCAAUAUGCAGGGACUGCUCUUUGGUUGCAGAGUAAGUACCCAUUUCUUGCAACUAAGUGGGAAGGUAAAGGAUUGACAAGCCUUCAAUUGCUAGCCCAAAUGCCAACUGCCUUCACACCACAAUUUCAACAAAGCAGUUGGAAGAUGCUCAUAUAUUAUUGCCUUCCUGCUCGAGACCUGGAGGUCACAACAAAUCAUAAGGAUGAUGUGGAGAGCAGCUUGGGCAGCAACCAACCCCCCCAAGCCAUCUCUUGGAAUAAGCCUGAAGGUAUUCUGAAGGUGUACACUUCCCUGUGGGACUUCCUUGCUGAAGAAAUGGACAUAAUCGAAAAGAUCUGGAAGGAUAAGAGAAUUAAACAUGCUCUUAAAAAACUCAUCCCUUUGCUCAUCGAGAAAGACAAUUCGUGGCAGAAUUCUAAAGAAGCAAAAGGCAAGACGAUUUCUCUGGGGUCAGUGGAAAAUCUUUGUAAGGGUGAUAAUGAUGGAGGAGAUCAAAAAGGAAAGGAUUCCGCAGAACCAAGCAAUUCUAAGAAGCAGAGCAUUUAUAAGUAUAACCCAUUGCUUAUAGCAACUAUCACUGGAAUUGUGCCUAUUGUUGCAGAGAUACUUAGGCAGCAUCCUCAGGCAGCUGAGCACGUUAGCGAUAGUGAACAGAACAUUUUGCAUCUGGUCAUUAAGCACCGUCAAAGAGAGAUCCUUGAGCUUCUAAAAAGGAAGCCAACAACCAUCUCAAGGUUGAAUGAGAUGAUUGACAGUGAUGGCAACACCAUAUUGCACCAAGCUGCAGAUAGGAGCUACUACUCUGUAGCAAUUUCUCAGAAUUUAAUUGGUCCAGCCAUGCAAUUGCAAGCAGAGUUGCGUUGGAUGAUGGGUGUGAAGAACAUAUUACCACCUCAUUACAUCAUGCACCACAACAACAAGGAUCAGACAGCGGAGGAGCUGUUCAAUGAUGAGCAUAAUGAGCUUCUGAAGUCAGCACAAGAAUGGAUAAAAGACACAGCUGAGUCGUGCUCAACUGUGGCGGUGUUGGUGUGCACUGUGGUCUUUGCAGCCGCCUACACCAUGCCUGGGGGUAACGAACCAAAUGGCCUUCCUGUUUUCCAUGAUUCUCCUCUCUUCUGGCUCUUCACCUGCAUGGACGUCGUGGCCAUUGCCUGCUCAUUGUCUUCCGUAGCCUUUUUCCUCUCUAUCCUGUCCUCUCCCCUUGAGUAUCCGUUUUUCUGUCAAGUUCUUCCCCGCAAGCUCAUGAUCGGGUUCACCUUGCUCUUCUUGUCAAUGGCAACCACCAUGCUCGCCUUUGCUGCUACCAUUUUGCUUGUGAUUCGUAUCGAGAAGAAAUGGACUAAGUCUCUGCUUUACUCUAUUGCCUUUUUUCCAGUCCCUCUAUUUGGCUUGCUGCAAUUUCCUAUGUACCAGUCUUUCAAAGAAAUAUAUCAUAAAAUUACCAAGAUUUUCCGUCCCUUCUUCGUUCCCUUUCUCGGCUUUUCCAAGAGGAGAUCGAUAUGUGGUAAGAGCAAGGCUAACUGAAUCACAAAACUAGAGUGAAGC